UCUUUCCAUUUCCCCUGACAACCGGACGUCUCUUAUAGAGGACCCCGCACAGGGUUUGUCGAGGCGUUCAUUCAAUCGGUUUGCAUACACCGACCAUUUUCUGUGUUUUAUUUAAUUAGCUAAAACGCUGAUAUGAGGCUGUGUCUCCUCUUUGUGGUUACUCUGGUGUCUCUGGCUCCGGCAGUUCGCGGCGGUGACAAAAAGAAGCUUCAAAUUGGCAUAAAGAAAAGAGUUGACAACUGCCCCAUCAAGUCCCGUAAGGGGGAUGUGUUGAACAUGCACUAUACGGGAAAGCUGGAGGAUGGAACAGAGUUUGACAGCAGCAUUCCAAGGAACCAGCCAUUCACCUUUACUCUGGGUACUGGACAGGUCAUCAAAGGCUGGGACCAGGGUUUACUUGGAAUGUGUGAGGGGGAGAAGAGGAAACUUGUCAUCCCGUCAGAACUUGGAUAUGGAGACAGAGGAGCACCCCCUAAGAUCCCAGGUGGUGCCACUCUCAUUUUUGAAGUGGAACUGCUCAACAUCGAGAGGAGGUCUGAUUUAUAGUGAACAACAAACAAAAGCUGCUUGUUUUAGUCAGUGGGCCCUACCUUAACUAGUAGUGUUGACUACUCACACAAAAACCAACACAGAGGGUGGCCAUUUUUCUUUACCGGAGAUAGAGUAGAUCAAAAACAGUUGAAGACCCUGCAAAAUAUACAAACUGUUCAGCUAUGACCAUGGGUUAAAUUGGGAUUUGGGAUGUGGAUUAGCCCUACUUUCAUGUGGUGGUUAGUGCCAGUUGUAACCAAGAUGUGAACCUACCUCCUAGUGGAAGUAUGGGAGCCCAGAUCCACCUAGGUGUCAUUUUGACCAUACGUAAAGGAGUUCUGCUCCCAUUGGCUUCGGCCUAAAUUAACCCCUGAAUGUAACAUAGCGUUACAAUGAUACCUGCUGUGAAUUUUAACUCCUAUGCCUUAAAAAUAAAAGUUUGGGCAAGCAAAUAUUUAGUUCAGUAUUUAGUUGUUUUUCUGAAUGUUAUGCCAUGACCAACUUUAGCUCUUUCACUUUUUAUAAUUUCUGGUAAUUUACCAGGCUGAUUCAGGGAACAGGUCGAACAACAUGUGCUAUAUUAGUAGCGCAAGAUAAGCCGUGGUUCACUAUAACAGGUUUUAGAACUCUAUCAAUGGGAUAACUUUUUUGUUUUGGAAUUCAUUUAACUACAUUGGUUUACAAUACCUGAACAAUGAUAAUGUUCACAUUAUACCAAUUAAAGAUUUUGAUUUUCAA